AUGUCUCGCCCAAAGACCAAGACCGAAUGGGACCACCAGUACAAUACUCUGCGCCGCGAAAACCUUUUCCGAAACCCCCCCACGGAUCACACUGCGUACCCUCUUCUCCAGAUCGCUGUCAAUCCCCACAUCGAGUCUUUCAACGCACUUUUCCCCUCGGACGGAAGGCCAGGUCUCAUAGCACAUGGAUUGGCGGAUAUUGGAACAAAAGUCUUUUACGACAGUCCCGAUGGGUCCUCUGCGAACGCGAGAAACAAGUUGACGGUCCGAUACAAGAAUGUACAACUUCAAAAGUCAAUGCUUCCGCCGUCAAACAAGUUCGCAAAGACUCGCGAGAUCUUUCCUGCCGAGUGUCGUGAGAGGCAUGCGACAUAUCGCGGCAAAUUGACAGCGACUCUCGAAUACAGGAUCAAUGAUGGCGACCCGCACGAGUUCGUCCGAGAACUCGGGAAUAUGCCUAUUAUGAUCAAGUCAAACAAGUGCCAUUUAGAAAACAACUCCCCGGCACUGCUUGUGCAAAGGAAAGAGGAGUCCGAGGAGCUGGGCGGCUACUUCAUCGUGAACGGAAACGAGAAAAUCAUUCGAAUGCUGUUGAUGAACAGGCGGAAUUACCCUCUCGCCAUCAAUCGACCCAGUUUCACGAACCGAGGGCACGCAUACACUCCUUAUGGCAUUAUUAUGCGAUGUGUACGACCGGACGAGACAUCACAGACCAAUGUCCUCCAUUAUCUGAACGAUGGAAACGUGACCUUCCGCUUUUCUUGGAGGAAGAACGAGUACCUUGUCCCAGUCAUGAUGAUUCUGAAGGCGUUGGUCGAGACAAACGAUCGGGAGAUAUUUGAAGGCUUAAUCGGUCCGGCAGGCUCCAAAGGCACCGAAAACACGUUCCUGACGGACCGUGUUGAGUUGCUCCUCCGGACGUACAAGAGCUACGGCCUUUACAGCAAGACCAAGACCCGAUCAUAUCUUGGAGAGAAGUUCAGGGUCGUUCUUGGCGUUCCAGACAACAUGUCUCACUAUGAUGUGGGCACGGAAUUCUUGCGCAGGAUCGUGCUUGUUCACCUGGGCAAUGUGAACGUCACUGAGGAGCAAGAUGCUGACAAGUUCAAGAUGCUCCUGUUUAUGAUUCGGAAGCUAUACGCCCUCGUCGCUGGCGACUGCACGGUUGACAAUCCCGAUGCGGUUCAGAACCAGGAGAUACUAUUGGGCGGCUUUCUUUACGGCCAGAUAUUGAAGGAACGUCUUGAUGAGCUCCUCUCAGUCGGCUUAAGAGCUUCACUCAGAGACUACCUGAGAAGGAAGCCUGGCAACAACUUCAUGUCUCAACCGUUUUCGAAGGAUUUCCCGGCUGCAAUAUUCCGAAAGACGACAGAAAACCUUGGUCAACUUUUGGAGUACUUCCUUUCCACGGGCAAUUUAAUGAGUCCUUCUGGAUUGGAUUUGCAACAGACAUCGGGCUUUACUGUGGUCGCUGAGAAGCUCAAUUUCCUACGAUUCAUAAGCCACUUCCGCAUGGUCCAUCGUGGUAGCUUCUUUGCUCAACUCAAAACCACAACAGUCCGGAAACUGCUGCCAGAGUCUUGGGGAUUCUUAUGUCCGGUCCACACCCCCGAUGGUGCUCCUUGUGGCCUGCUCAACCAUCUGGCUCACAAGUGCCAGAUCAUGACGAGCAGUGUCGAUGCUUCCCCGAUUGCUCAGCUAGCUUUCGAACUUGGUGUGGUCGGAGUCUCGUCGGCUGCGACUGACGAGAGUGUUGUCGUGAUACUGGAUGGAAAGAUCAUAGGCUGGUGCACCCCAAAGGAGUCCAAGAGAAUCGCCGAUACUCUGAGAUACUGGAAGGUACAAGGCUCUCACAGAGUACCGAAGUCACUCGAAAUUGGCUAUGUGCCACCAUCGAAGGGCGGGUCAUAUCCUGGUAUUUACAUGUCCUCUCAACCAUCGAGAAUGGUGAGACCGGUCAAGUACCUACCGCUGGGCCAGGAAGACUUGGUAGGCCCGUACGAGCAACCAUACAUGUCAAUCGCCGUUGUUGAAAAUGAGGUUAUCUCUGGGGAGUCGACGCACGUCGAAUUCGAUCCCACCAACAUCCUGUCCAUCUUGGCCAACAUGACACCAUUCUCCGACUUCAACCAAUCUCCUCGAAACAUGUAUCAAUGUCAAAUGGGACAGACGCCCAUCGUGAGGGCCCCUCUCCACAAUGCGUAUGGCUUUGAUAACUUCCCCAACGGGACAAACGCUGUUGUCGCAGUCAUAUCUUACACUGGCUACGAUAUGGACGACGCUAUGAUUAUCAAUAAGUCCGCGCAUGAGAGGGGUUUUGGACAUGGCACGAUCUACAAAACGAAGAAAAUCAGCCUCAAAGACGACUCGAGAACGAGGUCAUCUACAACAAUAGAAAAGAUGUUUGGUUUUGCGCCCAAAGGAACGACUCGGUCAUGGCAUCGUGACACGCUCGAUGAGGAUGGCCUCCCCUAUGUCGGUCAGGAGGUGAAGGCUGGUGACCUUAUCUGUGCAUGGCACACUGUCUCUCCCGACGGACAGGGUGGACUCGAAAACAAGGAUGGCCAGACGCACUUCGAAAAGUACAAGGAGGACGAAAUUGCGUACAUUGAAGAGGUCCGUAUAAUCGGCAGCGAAAAUGGCAACGAGCCCGCCCAGAAUCUAUCGAUCAAAUUCCGGAUACCUCGAUCACCUACGAUUGGCGACAAGUUCUCCUCCAGACACGGUCAGAAAGGUGUUUGCUCUCAAAAAUGGCCUGCCAUUGAUCUGCCAUUUUCGGAAUCCGGCAUCCAGCCCGACGUCAUCAUCAACCCUCAUGCUUUCCCGUCUCGCAUGACCAUUGGCAUGUUCGUCGAAUCACUUGCGGGCAAGGCGGGUGCAUUGCACGGCCUGGCACAAGACUCGACCCCCUUCAAAUUCGACGAGGAGAAUACGGCCGGCGAUUAUUUUGGCCACCAACUUAUGAAGGCCGGCUACAAUUAUCACGGAAACGAGCCGAUGUACUCGGGGAUUACUGGUGAGGAGUUUGCUGCAGACAUAUACAUCGGAGUUGUCUACUACCAGCGUCUCCGUCACAUGGUGAACGACAAGUACCAAGUGCGAACCACUGGUCCAGUCGUCCCUCUGACGGGUCAACCCAUCAAGGGCAGGAAGAAGGGUGGUGGUAUCCGUGUGGGAGAAAUGGAACGAGACGCUCUACUUGCCCACGGCACUGCGUUCCUCUUGCAAGAUCGUCUCUUAAACUGCUCAGACUACACGAAGUCGUGGGUCUGUCGGAAGUGCGGCUCGUUCCUAUCCGUGCAACCAACUGUCACGCCGUACGUGGGAAAGAAGAAGACCAUCGACACUGUCCGCUGCAGGAAUUGUGCUCGACGCCUUGACGAUGAGACGGAUCUUACCGAGCUGGACGGUGAGAUCUGGGAAGACGGCCAAGGUGUUCAAUGGGUCGGCGGCGAGGACACGACCGUCAUCGUCGUGCCCGGCGCGCUGAAGUACUUAGACGUGGAACUUGCGGCCAUGGGAGUCAAGUUGAAAUACCACAUUGACCCAGUUGACAAGGACCGCCCUGGGAAGCGGCCUUUCGCUACCGGCGCACUCUCCCGUCCUAGACAAGUGGGAGACCACGAUUUGCACGGCUUCCGGAUGGCCGGCACACCAUGCUUCGUCGACCAUGUGGUCUCUGCUCAGUCCUACAACUAUGGUUUCGACGUCACCAGAGCAUACAACACAAAGCGCCAGCUCGGAGAGAACUUGAUUAUCACCACUGGCAUGCCCGUUGGCUCUGGACCUGUUCCUGUUCGACCCAAUAUUCGCGAUCUCCAGAAGGACCCUGACAAGUGGGCCUUGUACAUACUCGCCCUCGACAUGAUGCAAUGGACAGACCAGUCGCAGCCCACGUCUUGGUUCUCGAUCACCGGAAUUCAUGGCGUACCGUUUGAGCCUUGGAACGGAGUAUACCCAACUCCUGGCAAUGAGAUGGCUGGUUACUGCCACCACACGGAUAUCCUCUUCCCAACAUGGCACCGUGCUUAUGUUGCCUUGUACGAGCGUCCAGACGCUUUACUGAUACGGAGGCAACAGCAAGAGCUCUGCGAAAGGAUGCAGUUCAUCGCCACCACGUACACUGGAGAUGCAAAGAACCGCUUAGAGUCUGCUGCCGCCAACUGCAGAGCUCCGUAUUUCGACUGGGCCGCACUGCCCCCGUCUUUGGACAGCAUGCUUCCUGCUAGUAUUGGGAAUAGUCCUAAGAUUAAUGUGUCCGGGCCGCAUGGAACGCAAAUGAUUGCAAACCCUCUUUUCUCCUACGGGUUCAACCCUCCUAAUCGAGAGGUUUUCCAAAACAUUACACCAUGGGCAGACUGGACUACUACAAGGAGAGCUCCGACUGGCCUCGCACCAGACGCCCUGUCAAACAACUCCGCCAUCAAUGCCAAUCUUGUCAGGUACACCAUUCAGAACCAACAGAGGCUCUACAAUCUUUUCACAAAUUACGAUAAUUACACCAUAUUCAGUAAUGAGGGCUGGGCCGCAGAUACAACCAGCUAUGACUCACUCGAAUCCCUCCACGACAACGUUCACGCCUUGCUGGGAGGAUAUGAUGGCCACAUGACCAUCGUCCCCUUUUCAGCCUUCGACCCUUUAUUUUUCCUUCAUCAUUGCAAUGUGGAUCGCAUAUUUGCCCUAUGGCAGGUAUUUCACCCGGAUGCAUGGGUUGUCCCCGAGGUCGCCCGUUUCAACUCAUACACUACAUCCGUUGGACAAACUCUGGACUCGUCGUCGGCCCUGACGCCGUUCUACGCCAAUUCUAAUGGGGGUUUCUGGACUUCAGAUAUGCUUCGCGAUCCUACGGCUUUGGGCUAUACUUAUAGCGAACUGGCCAACUCAGGGAUAUCACUGUCUAACAGGACCUCGAUUCUCGAAGGGCUGGCUCAGGUGACCAGCAUUGUCAACGACCUUUAUGGCGGUUACAGUGUGAACAGCAUCAGCAUCCAGUCCAAGCGCUCCGAGAGUCACGUACGUCACAGCCGACAUCGCCACGAUAGAUGGCACCAGGGUCAAAUGUACGGCCGCCGGUCCACGAAUUCGCUACCCGUCACGAAAAUCAUCUCUGAGCAGGGCAGAUACCGGGAAUGGAUUGCAAACAUCCGAGUUGUAAAGCAGGCCCUAGACGGGCCCUUUCAAGUCCGCCUGGCCUUCAACGGCCCAGGCGAGCCUCUCGAUGUCGGCUCCAUGGGCAUCUUUGCCUCUCCCCCAGCCAUCGCCAGCAUGAAGAAGAUUGCGCCGGGAGCAGAGUUCAUCACCAGCACCGUGCCUCUGACAGCGGCCCUGGUCGACGAAGUGGCAGACGGCACGCUGGCAUCCAUGGACCCCGGAGACGUCGAACCGUAUCUGCGCGAGUACCUCGCGACCAACAUCGUCAAGGGGGACAACACAGAAGUCGACCCGGCCAGCGUGGCGGGGCUAAGCAUUGAGGUUGUUAGUUGGCCGGUGCAGGCUGCCUCGAGCGAAGCACACCUGCCCACUUGGGGUGAGGCGGACUACAAGAUCCUCAUCAUGUAA